CUCCUCUUCCUCUGAUGAUGAUGAUGGAGAUCCUGGAUGAAGCCAAACUCUGCGUUCCACACCUGAACUCCUCCUGCAGGAGGCCCACACAUCCUCCCACCACAGUUAUGCUGAUUUACGUUCUACUUUCCUCUGUUUCUUUCAUCACCGUGGCUCUCAACCUGCUGGUCAUCAUCUCCAUCUCCCACUUCAGGCAGCUCCACACUCCCACCAACAUCCUCCUCCUCUCUCUGGCUGUCUCUGACCUCCUCGUGGGCCUCCUGCUGAUGCCGGUAGAGAUCAUCUACAUCAAUGUCUGCUGGUUUCUCGGAGAUGUUGUAUGCACUCUGUAUUACAUCAUGGACUACAUCAUCACCUCUGCUUCUGUUUCUAACAUGGUUCUCAUUUCACUAGACCGGUAUGUUGCAAUCUGUGACCCCCUGCGAUACCACAGCAAAGUCACCAACGGCACAGCAAAGAUGUGCGUGUGCUUGUGUUGGAUCUGUUCUGUUCUUUACAGCCUCCUCCUUUUACACGAACAGCUGGAAGAACCGGGCCGGUCCAACUCCUGCUUCGGGGAGUGCGUGGUUGUCAUCAGUCACAUUGCAGGACUUGUUGAUAUGGUUUUGACUUUUCUGUUACCCAUUGCUGUCAUCGUAUUUCUGUAUUGCAGAGUGUUUGUGGUGGUUUUGCAUCAGGCUCGCAUGCUGAAGUCUAAGGUUGCAGCUCAGCAUUCAGGAGCUCUGACUGUGAGGAAAAAGGAGAUGAAGGCAGCCAUCACUCUGGGGAAGGUUGUGCUUGUGUUUCUGAUUUGUUUCUGUCCACAUUAUUUCCCCACUAUGGCAGGGGAAGACACUUUCAUCAACGCUUCAUCUGCUGCGUUUGAUAUCUGGUUGGCACACUUUAAAUCCUGCUUGAACCCUGUUAUCUACGCCUUUUUCUACCCCUGGUUCAGGAAAUCUGUGAAGCUCAUUCUGACACUCCGAGUCCUGCAGCCUGGCUCCCGGGAAACCGGGACGCUUUUCUGA